GAGGCACCGGUAGUCCACGAGGAGGAGCCGUUUAGUUUUUCGCUGCGAUGGCACGGGAGUGGUGGGGCGUGUGGCGGCUGCUUUGAAGCCGCCCGCUGCGGAGGGAGAGAAUGGGCGGGGUGUGCGGCGUGUCAUGUUGCGAGUGUGUGGGGCACCACCCAUGGCAGCCUGCCGUGCGGCGUGAUGCGGAUCGGUGAGGGCAAAUGUGCGGCAGCGGCAGAGUGUGCGGUGGACGUGGAUCCGCCCCGUCCUUCGCGUUGCGGGUGUGUGGGUGCGCUGUGGGGCCGGCUUCUCCUCCGCGUGUCUUUCGCCCUUGCACGGUGGGUGCGUAUUUUGGAGUGGGCGGACAAUAAAUGA